UAGUUACAAAGAAAAACAAAUGAUGCUCUCUGCUUUCUAGGAGUUCACAGUCUAAUUGGGGUUAUAACUAUAUGAAAAUAAGCUGUAUUCGGAAUCACUAGGAAAAAACCAACUGUGAGAAGUCAGAAAGGAAUGAGAAACAAGUAAGCUUAACAUGUUCUAAAGGAAUAUGUAAAGGAGAACAAAGGGAUCAAAAUUAAAAUAUGUUUUCUCUCAUGUCUUUUCUUAGGUUCCUGUAGUUAGAUAUAAAAGGGACCUCAGACAUCAUCUUGUGCAACCCACUCAUUUUAUGGAGGAAAUUUGAGUUUCAAGAGUUUUAAUUUGUCUGAGGUCACACAGCACUCCUCUAGUAAACCUCACAGAUAGUAUUGGACUAUUCUGACUCCUGAGUAAACAGUAUUUUCACUUUAUCAUGUUAAAAGGGUUAAUUCUUGGCUGCUUUUAAUUAACUCCAUACUAUAAUGGGUGGAUUGGACAUGAGAAUUGCUGCCACAGUAUAAUCUUAUGGUAUUCCUGCAAUACACCUUGUGUGAUAAAAAAUUAUGACAUCGACAUCCAAAGGAAUUUUUCGCCCAUUUUUAAUCACCUGCAUUAUCCUGGGUUGUUUCAUGGCAUGCUUGCUCAUUUACAUCAAGCCCACCAACAGCUGGAUCCUUGGUCCCAUAGAGACAACCAGCUCUGUCCUGAAAAUGAAAAAUUUCUUUUCCAGCAAAACUGAUGAUUUGAAUGAAACUAUCAUAUUGAUUUGGGUAUGGCCUUUUGGGCAGACAUUUGACCUUUCAUCCUGUCAAGCAAUGUUUAACAUCCACGGGUGCCGUCUUACCACUGAUCGAGCCCUUUACAACAAAUCCCAUGCUGUUCUGAUUCAUCACCGAGACAUCAGUUGGGAUCUUACUAAUUUACCCCAGCAAGCUCGGCCACCAUUCCAGAAGUGGAUUUGGAUGAACUUGGAAUCCCCUACCCAUACACCCCAGAAAAGUGGUAUUGAACAUCUCUUCAACCUAACUCUGACCUAUCGCCGAGACUCGGAUAUACAAGUGCCUUAUGGCUUCAUGACAGUAAGCACAAACUCCUUUGUGUUUGAAGUGCCAAGCAAGAAGAAGCUAGUGUGCUGGGUUGUUAGUAACUGGAAUCCUGAGCAUGCAAGAGUCAAGUAUUACAGUGAGCUGAGUAAAAGCAUUGAAAUUCAUACUUAUGGACAAGCAUUUGGAGAAUAUGUGAAUGAUAAAAGUUUGAUUCCUACCAUAUCUACUUGUAAAUUUUACCUUUCCUUUGAAAACUCAAUCCACAAAGAUUACAUUACUGAAAAACUCUACAAUGCAUUUCUGGCUGGUACAGUACCUGUUGUGCUUGGUCCAUCUAGGGAAAACUAUGAGAAUUUUAUCCCAGGGGAUUCCUUCAUUCAUGUGGAAGAUUACAGUUCUGCCAGUGAGCUAGCCAAAUAUCUUAAGGAGCUAGACAGAAAUGAUAAGUUAUACCUCAGUUACUUUAACUGGAGGAAGAGUUUCACAGUGAAUCUGCCACGGUUCUGGGAAACACAUGCAUGCUCUGCUUGUGACCAUGUGAAGAGACACCAAGAGUACAAGUCUGUUGGCAAUUUAGAAAAAUGGUUUUGGAAUUAACAUUUGCCAUCUCUUGCACACAAACUAGAAGAUUCUGAUGGAAUCUAAUUCAAGCUGUGAUAAUAAAAAGAGAGACAUCAGUCUGUGUUCUGUAUCACAGCUGACUCAACCAUCCUCUCUUGGGUACCUUAUUUAUAUUUUGUCAGAGUUUUAAGAGAUCAACAUCAGCAGUCUUCAGCACUCAAUUUUAAAUUAUACUGUAUAUACCUAAUUAUCUGCACUGAAACAUAAUUUAUUGUUUACUAUCAUUUUAAAUCAAUGUUGGGUUGUUUUUUUCUUCCACAUUUGGGUUAGGUUGUCAGAAAUGUAAAUUUGUUAUUUAAUUGUUGUGGUUCUACUUUGAUCAGCUGCUUGAUCUAUUUGGAAAAUGAAGGCCCAGAUUAUAGUAUCAUGUAGGAUUUCCAUUUAAUUCUUUCCUCUGUAGCUUAAUUUUUCCACAAUGUAACAAGUGAGGAGUAUGUCACAAUUGAAUUAAAAUUAUUUUUUUUUUGUAUUCCCGAGUUUAACAAAGGGCAUAGUUGUCUCUCUCUUCAUCUUAAUUUGCAUACUAUGUUUGUGAAGGCAGAGUCAUUAAUGUAUUAAAAAGGGAAAAAGAACAAACUCUAAAAAGAAUAUUAGUGUGUUUUCCAGAAAGCUAACUGACCUACAAUUUCAUUAUGAUAACUUUUUAACUAUAUAUUUUUACUCUCAUUAUUUUCAGAUAAAAUUUUGGAGUACUGUUAAAAACUUACUCACAUUCUUGUGGUCCAAGAAAUAGCAUUUUUAUUAACUUUUAACUAAAAUGCCAUAUUGUUUCCACCUUGAUAAAACAAUUACAAUUAAAAAGAUAACUUUUCUCCCCAGCAGAAACAAAAGAUAUAUAGAAGACAUGCCAAUAAUAAUAAUGUUAUCUUAAUGUAAAAAAAUUUACAUACAAACCAAUAUAUUUUUGCUGUAAUGGCAUAUGUUAAUAUCUGAAUAAAUUUAAAGAUGUGAAUGAAUAUAGUUAAUUUAUUUGAAUGGGCAUUAUCUUUAUUUUAAAUAAGCCUAAGUAUCUGAGCAAAAUUCUUCCAUGCUUCAUUCAAGUAUUCUUUCUGUAUGUGAUAUUUGUGGCCAUAGUUCCUAAGUGCUUUACAGAACUAUAGAGAUGCCUGAGAAACAGAAGUCAAAUGUGAUCAUUUACAUGGUACAUUAUCUCCAAGGUUAUAAGCAAAUGAGAGAGGAUAAAUUGUAGAGAAGGGACCAAAGGAAUGUGUCACUGAAAAGCUCUUUAAUACUUUACUUUCAUCAGAGCUUCUGGAGAUUCUGAGUUCUCCCUCACUAAAGAUCUUCAGGUUAAAGCUGAAUAGCUUCUGGUCAGGAAUAUGGAAUGGAGUCUACUCAGAUACAGAUACGGUUAGAUGACUUGGGGUGCUUUCCAGCCCUUGAGUUACAAUUCACAUACUUGUAUGUACUUUUGAAUGAAUUUUAAAUUAAAUUUUCAUUUUAAUAAGAAAACAGCAUAUUUCUCCAUUCUACAUAGCUAACAAAACUGAGAUUAAAGGUGGUUAUGAUUCUGUUUUUCUUUUUUAAAGAAUUUUCCACUGCCUUUUUAUCUUUUAUAACUACUUCAUAUUGGAUAAUAGUGACUAUACAUCUAAUUUAAGAAAAAUUCACAUUAAUUUAUUUCAGGAUUUUAAAAUAUGUGAACUUUGGAUAUAUUUUUUUAAGGUAUUAUUUGUCAUGUCAGAAAAAAAUGAAAAUGUAAAAACAAAGGAUUGCAAAGGCAUGUUUCAAAAAAGGCCUAACUCCUGAGACUAAACUUGACUUCUUUGAAAGCUUAAAAACUGAACAUAAUAUUCUUAAAUCCAAUCUAUUCUGAUUGGUAGUGUACUUAUAAAUAUAGAGGGGGCAUCUCUGGAUAUCAAGAGAACAAGAAUCUAGUUAACUUCUGCUCCUAACUGUCUGAUUUGGGGGCAAGUUACUGUCUAUGGCUGUGUCUAUAACGAUGAAAUAAUCAGGACCAAAAUGGACUCAUCUCUCCAAAAGAAUUACAUAGCUACAACCAGAAGCAUUAGUUUUUCAGUUCCUAAUA